AACGGGCGGCGCUGUGAUGUUAAACAAGCUGCCAUUGUGACUUUGAUGGGUCGUCUGCCAUCAGAGGGAACCGUUCAGUUGCCUAGCGGAACUGGAACAACAGCAGCAGCAGCGGAUGGUACAGAUUCGUCUUCGGUUGCCAGCCUCAAACCGAGAUUUGUUACUGCGUUCUGUGUUCAUGUGAAACAAAAGGUGACAUUGUCUUGUAUGGAAUGACAACUUCACACAGAUAUAUUGAAUCCAAACUAGUGGCUCGGUUUGCUGACAUGGAGUGGCAGACACCAGCUGUGUCAGAGAAGUUCCAAAGCCGGUUUGGCUGCCGACCUGGAACAUCGGACAGCGGGGACACUGGUCUUGGCACCUCGGCAUCUGACAGCACAGAAGAUUUCUGCAGUUCCAGCAGCAGCCCCCCUUUCCAGCCCAUCCGCAGUCAGAUCCCCAUACCCACUGCACAUGUCAUGCCAUCCACGGCCGGAGCCCCGGCCUCUAAGCCCCAGUCAUGUGUCCAGGAGGACUCCCUGUCCUCUGUUGAGGGUCACAGGUCUUCCUCUGGCUCUAGAACCACAAGUGGCUCCACAUCGAAGUCUUCCUCCCUCUCCAAAUCGGCGUCUUCGCCCAACCUGGAUGCUCAGGCUGGUGUGGGAGGCGAUCACGUGGGGCCAAAGCCAGACUGCCUGAGCCGCUACCGCAGUCUUGUCAAUGGGCUGGACCACUCGCUUUUCCCCUCGGAUCUCACACGGAUGGAUGAGGGCCAGAGGUUUGACACUCCUGCUGUGGAGCCUACGCUAAAUCAGUCAGCCCUGUUGGGGGGGUUAUGUCCUGAUGUCAGACUCCGAUUACAAAUGACUGGGAUUAGAGACACCCCAGACUGUGUGUCUGAGGCCUACAGAGGAAGCAUGGAGCACAGCUUUAAGGUUCUGCCUGAAGCUAGGCCUGGGUUUCCUGGCACGGCAGAAACCUCUAAUCAGAGGGGCAGUCAGCCUGGUGCGGCCGCAUCCUCUGGAGUCUAUGCAAACCCUCUCAGCCUGCAGACACAAGCUCUGCUGAGGGAGCAUGCAGGCUCCAAGGGUUAUGAGCCAUUGCGGCAGGACAGAUGUGGUGAACUGUCCAGUUGGCAGCAACAGCAACAUAAGCAGCAACUGGAGAGUUUACGCCUGCAACUGGAACAAAUGCAGUUGAUGAGUGCAGGAGUGGGUCAGUACCCAUCUCUAUACUCGACACCCGUUCACUCAGACUCUGGCAAAUGGGACACUCUGGUCAAAGCCAGUGAGAGUCUGCUAAAAGAGAAGGAGCUCAUUAUAGAGAGACAAAAGCAGCAUAUGACCCAGUUGGAGCAGCGUCUGAGAGAAAGCGAGCUGCAAGUCCAUGGAGCCCUCCUGGGUCGAGGAGCUUCUUAUGGGGACAUGUGUAUGCUGAGGCUACAGGAGGCUCAGAGGGAGAAUGCGUUCCUGAGGGCGCAGUUUACUGAGCGCACCGACUGUGUUGUCAUGGAGAAAGCGGAGGCAGAGCGCAGACUGGGGGCAGUCGAGGCUGAGACACGCCGACUAACUGACAGCCUGAAGGACACCUGUGAGAGACACGCCGAGGAGAUGAAGAAACAGGAAGAGAGGAUCCGCAGUCGAGACAAGCACAUCAACAACCUGAAGAAGAAGUGUCAGAAGGAGACGGAGCUAAAGAGAGAGAACCAGCAGCGCAUUGAGACUCUGGAGCGCUAUCUAGCUGACCUGCCCACCCUGGAGGACUACCAGAGCCAGAACAAGCAGCUAGUAGAGGCUGAACAGCAGGCGGCUCAGCUACAAGAGAAGGUACGAGAAGCGGAGGUCCGUCUAGAGACGACAUGCUCACAACUACGGGAAAAAGACGCACAGCUGGAAGAUCAGAAACGCAGGGAGAGAGAGUUGCUGACCACCAUUACUGAUAUGCAGCAGCGGGUACAGCAGGGGCUUGAGGAUGGAGCAAGGCUGCCUUCCCUGGAUAUGGAGAAGCUCCGAAUAGAGAACAAUGCCUUGAGAGAGGAACAGCAGAGACACAAAAAGGUCAUUGAGAAGCAGCACCGAAUGAUGGAACAGCUUGGCUCCCAGAUCCAGGCUUUGGAGGAGCAGAUAUCUCAGGAAGAGAGCAGCUCUCAGGCUCUCAGAGAAGAUGUGUUGGCCAAAGAGCAGAACGUGUUAGAGCUCCACACAGCCUUGAAGGAGCUGUCGGCCCAGAACCAGGAGCUGAUGGAGCAGAAUCUGACCCUGCAGGAGCGAAUGAGUGAUCCAGAGCAGAGGGGCACUACCCAGGCCUCCUCUACCCUCCAGCCAGCUGGGGCUCGUCUCACACAGAGCCUCCAUGUAGAGAUCGCCUCCUGCCUCCGUGACCUGCGCUCCCUGUGCAGCAUUCUGACCCAGAGAGCUCAGGGCCAGGACCCCAACCUCUCCCUGCUGCUUGGCCUCACAUCUCCCCCACCAGUGGCAGAGCCGGAUGAGGACUGGAUGAGUCCAGAGGUGCUGCAGAAGAAGCUGGUUGAAGUGCAACAGCUCCGUCGGGAUGUUGAGGAACUACGCAACGUAAUACUGGACCGGUACGCGCAGGACAUGGGAGAAAACUGCAUCACCCAGUAACCCUGCCAACCAGGUGAUGGAGGAACCUUGUGAAAGCCCCACUUCACCUCUGCAGCAUCUAAAAUGGGCUUGUCUUUCAUGACUAGUUACUGAAUGUCAGAAAGAGGACUGGCAAUUUUUCUUAAAACGAGGACAGAGGAAAGCCCAAAUGGUUUAGCUUCUACUUCUCUCGACUGACUGUACGUUGAUUCUCGAGCCUGCCUGUAGCUCAGAGCCCC